CCGGGAUCAGUAAACUCCAGCCCGCCCCGCCCCGCCCCGCCCUGCCUCCACCAACAAAGCGGCGGCUGCGGCGCAUGCUUGGUGCGGCGGCAUGGUGGGCUCCUUGCUGUGUUAUGUCCUGGCGCCGCUCGCCACUUUCCUCAGCUGGAUCACAGGUCCCCGCAUUGAUGAUGACAUUGAAGAAGAACGUCCAGAGGAUUCGUGCUUGGAAACUGAUGAAGUGUCUGGCAGUGGUUCCACUUCAUGGUUCCCACUUAGCAAAGACCAAAGUGUUCUGCUGCAGGAUUGGCUAGGCGUGCCAAGUGCAAUUUCGAGAGGGGUAUCAGAAGAGGAGAGGGGCACAAGUGUUGAUGCUGAUCAGGUCCCCCAGCAGUCUCUGACAGAGAUCUUGGAGUCAGAAGAAGCCGCCAUGACAUGGCAGCAAGCGAGGAGCAGGCCAACAUUGGGCCCACAGUUGGAUCCGUGUCAGGUUGCUGCAGACCAGGGGAACACUGAGGCCCAGAGGACAUCUACACCAGACACCUCCGUGAGCUGGACGCCCUCCCUUCCACAGGGUGAAAAGAAGGAGACCUCAGGUUGGAUGCCAGCAUCUCCCCAGAGUGCAGACAGGGUCCUCAGACCCCCUCCGACUAGGUGGCAGUUCCAACCUCAACAGUAUGACCACCAGAAUGUGGGCACGACUGAUUGGCAGUUGAUGGCAUCGCACAGCAUGAGCCAGCCUGCUGGCAGCCAGAUAUGGCACUUGCCCACUGCAUUAGGCGUGAAUGAAGCAGCAGCAAAUACACUGUGGCAGUUCCAAAAUGAAGGUGAUCUUCUGAUGAACAUAGGCCAACUAUCCAGAACGUGGGAGCCUUUAAAGAGACAGCGUGUGGAUGAAGCCAGUAAAGGCGGUCUAUUUGAGUUCACCAUCAUGUCAUAUAAUAUCCUAUCACAGGAUCUUCUGGAGACCAAUAAAGAUCUAUACUCUCACUGCCAGCCAGAGUUUCUGACCUGGGAAUUUCGAUUCCAGAAUAUUAUGGAGGAGUUUGAGUCCUGGGAUGCUGAUAUUAUGUGCCUGCAGGAAGUUCAGGAAAACCAUUACUAUCAGCAGUUUCGGCCAGCUCUCCAGCUAAGGGGUUAUGACUGCAUAUACAAACGGCGCACUGGCAUCAAGACAGAUGGGUGUGCUGUGUGCUUUAAGCGGGACCGAUUUAGUUUAGUCUCUGAGCACCCUGUGGAAUAUUUCCGACCCAUUGUGGAAACGUUGAACAGGGACAAUGUGGCACUGCUGGCUUUGCUUCGGCCCCUAGCUCCAGGCUCCAGCCAAGACGUCUCAAAGCUGCCCGACAUCUGUGUGGCAAACACUCAUCUCAUCUUCAACCCAAGGCGGGGGGACAUCAAACUCACCCAGCUAGCUGUGUUGUUUGCUGAAAUUCAGCAGGUGGUGCAGGCAGCUCAGGGUGAUGGCACACCUUGUCCCGUCAUCCUCUGUGGGGAUCUGAACUCUGUCCCAGACUCCCCUCUGUAUAAACUCAUCUGCAAUGGAGAGCUGUACUAUUAUGGAAUACCUACCUGGAAGGUAUCCUGUCAGGAAGAUUACUCUAAUCAAUUCUGUCCGAGGAAACUCUACGGUCCUCUUUGGCCGAGCAGACUCAGGAUAACUGACAACUGUCAGUAUGUGGCUGUAUGUGAAAAGAAGACUACAGGAAUCCGGAGGUACGGCCGUGAGUUCCUCCUCCAAUUUCGAUUCUCCACACCGGCACUAGUGCGGCCAGAGCAUCUCGAUUUUAUUGAAGGCGUAACGGAUGCUAAACCAGAGCCUCCUGGAGAUGGGUCGGAGCGCUAUGUCAGGGUGUCUGAUCCAGAGGACGAACUCUUCUGUAAAAGGUCUCCCACCACCAUCCGACACAACCUCAACCUGACCUCAGUCUACACUCAUUUUCAGUCUGACACGGGACGACCUGAGGUCACGACCUGCUCGUCGGGCUUUGGCCUCACUGUGGAUUACAUAUUCUACUCUGCGCAGCCUGUUGCUGACACAAGUAGAAAAGGGCACCGGCGAUACCAGGAUGGACCGCUGAAGCUGCUGGGCCGGCUCUCCCUUCUCUCUGAGCACGACAUCUGGCUGGCUAAUGGUUUACCCAACACCAUCUGCUCAUCUGAUCACCUGUCCCUUCUGGCCAAGUUUGGGCUGAAGCCCCACGGUUGAUCUUACAAAGAAAUGGAGAGAGAACAGUGAGACUUGCUACUGGCAGGUGCCUUUGCAAAGCUUUUUGGACAGGUGCCCCUUGGAUGGGUAGAAUGAAGUUCCUUGUAGGGUACAUAAUUGCCAUUUUAUGGUCUGAAUUAGGCUACUUUAAUCUUUUUGCUUUUUUAGUGGUCUGGAAUAUCGAGUACACUGCUUUAAGAUAAUGAAAAUACAGAUGGCCUUUUGGCUGAUGAUUUUGUCACCAAGAGUUUCCAGAAUGUGAUUUUCUUUUGUUUCCCAGGCAAGAGCUUCCUUGAAAGCCAAUUGGACAUAGUGAUAAUUUGCCAAGUGUUAUUUCUGGGCACUUUGUUACCCCUGAACCCACCCCCCCCCCCCCCCAUACAUACCUUGGCUGGAUGCUGAACUGUGCUGGAUCCCCUAGAGGCAAGUCAUUUUAUAUUCCUUUCAUUUGCACUAUACAAGGCAGAGUCCACUGUCUGUUAACCAAAUCUCAACUUUCUUUCCCCCUCUGGCCCUGGGGUUUUAAAAUCUUCCUUCUGCCUCUCAGCAGGUCGCAGUCAAUUCAAAAACAGUGCUGGUUUGCACCUUUGGACGGGCAUGCAUGGUUUGGGGAAGGGAUGGGAAUGGGGUGGUUUUUAAGUCCCUCUAGGGAACUAGUACAUUAAUUCAACACUAACAGGUUCUUCUUCCUUGUCAAGCAUAGUUUGGCAUACUUAAGUACCCCUGCUUCUGGCCUUUCCCAUUUCAUAUAUAUACACACACAGACACACACAUAAAUUUUGGACCUUGUCCACAAAAUAGUGUAGUGAUCCCUACUUCUGAAAUUCCUUCCUUAAAUGAAAGCAGUAUCGGGGUUCUGUCUUCUUUCCAUGGUAGCCUGACGUGAGUUAGUAACAGGUGUGAUGCACUCUCUCUAUCCCUGCAUCAGGUUUCCAGGGGAUUCACUGCUGCUUAUAGGUGAAGCAGCUGAAGAGUGGGUUGACUCAGGGAGACCAGAACUAUUGGAGACAAAUUCACCAAAAAUUAAGGGUUCUUUACCUGGUGCCCUCUCUAAUUUCUUCAUUGCUGGAUAAAUAACCAAAAACAACGCACAUAAAAAGUGCUUUAGGAACUUAGUGCAAGCCAGGCAGCUUCUACAGAGGAGAAUAAAAAUAUUGAUGUUUUGGGCCAAGACAUCAGAAUCAAGAGAUCAGAACAGACCUUCUUGGCCCGAAACGGCGACUGUUUAUUCCCCUGCAUAAAUCCUACCUGAUCUGCUGAGUGCCUCCAGCAGUCUGUGUGUGUUGCUGAAGAUUUCCAGCAUCUGCAUGAACUCUUGUGUUUAUAAAUGAAGACUGAUAAUGAGGCAAGAGAUUUCAGGUGCUGGAAUCUGGAGCAACAAACAAAUGCUGGAGGAACUCCCCGGUCAGGCAGCAUCUACAGAUAUGGGGUUUGGGGUGUGAAUCUGUUGAGGGGUCUCAAUCAGAAAUGUCAACUGUCCAUUUCCCUCUGCAGAUGCUGCCUGACUGAGCUGCUCCAUUGGUUUAUUUUUGCUGACUGUUGUCUGCCUGUGCUUUAACUGUGUGAUGCAGUCAAUGUACUGAAUAUUGUCUUUCUGUCACAGCAGAGUGCUUUUUGCUCUCCGAACUGAAAAUCAGAGCCUUUCCACUAGUUCACUGCCAAAUCCCAGCCACUCCCGCUUGCUCCAUUUUUAAAACUGUUUUUCUCUCUCUCCCUGACCCUGAGCCCCUCUCUUUGUGUCUCAGUAGAAGGGAAGGGACAACAGCUGGGAUUCCCACCACAUCUCGUCCUCCAUUCAGGACGAGGUAAGUGUGUGAAUCGAGGCCCUGCUCAAAGCUCCUUGCUCUCCCACUCGUCAUGUUCAGGUAAUAAGGAAGGGCAGAUUGAGCUUUAUUUAGCUUGCAUUUCAAUGGCACUGCUUGAAAUGUUGUCCCAGUAGUCACACGGAAACACGAGAAAAUCUGCAGAUGCUGGAAAUUCAAGCAAAACAUACAAAAUGCUGGUGGAACGCAGCAGGCCAGGGAGAAGUACUGUCGACGUUUCGGGUCAAGACCCUUCGUCAGGACUAACGGAAAAAAGAGAUAGUAAGGGUUUGUUGGGGUGGGGGAGACCCGAAAUGAUAGGAGAAGACAGGAGGGGGAGGAAUGAACCUAACAGCUGGGAAGUUGACUGGCAAAAAGGAUAUAAGGCUGGAAAAGGGGGGAGUAUCAUAGCCUUGGAAGAAAGAAAGGUGGAGAGGAGCACCAGAGGAAGAUGGAGAACAGGCAAGGAGUGAAUGUUAGAGGGAAAGAGAGAGAAAAAAAAAUUAAAAAUUAGGGAUGGGUUAAGAAGGGGAGGAGGGGCAUUCACAGAAGUUAGAGAAGUCAAUGUUCAUGCCAGCAGGUUGGAGGCUACCCAGACAGAAAAUAAGGUGUUGUUCCUCCAACCUGAGUGUGGCUUCAUCUCGACAGUAGAUGACAGUCUUCCUGGUGGGGGACUGGACAUCCAUGAUGAAAAUAAGACGAUUGGGGCCAGGGAACUUGACAAAACAGUGUCGAGGUAUGCAGAAAUGAGUUUGGUGGGGCAGCAGCAAGCUGAAACAAUGGGUCUACCUGGACAACACACACAAAAUGCUGGUGGAAUGCAGCAGGCCAGGCAGCAUCUAUAGGAAGAAACGUUGACUAUACUUCUCCCUAUAGAUGCUGCCUGGCCUGCUGCAUUCCACCAGCAUUUUAUGUGUGUUGCUUGAAUUUCCAGCAUCUGCAGACUUCCUCGGGUCUACCUGGACAGGCAGGUUUGUGGAUCUUGGGUAGGAGGUAGACACGAGAAGUGCGGGGUGUGGGAACUGAGGUUGGUGGCAGUGGAUGGGAGAACCCCAGAGCUGAUAAGGUUGUUGAUGGUGUGGGAGACAGUGGCCUGGUGCUCCUUAGUGGUGGUCAUGUUUGAGGGGCAAAUAAGAGGAGGUAUCAGCGAGUUGUCACUGUGCCUUGGUCAGUACGCCAGACUACUACAGCGCCCCCCUCCCCCCCCUUAUCAGCAGGUUUUAUGGUAAGGUUAGGAUUGGUGCGGAGGGAGUGGAGAGCAGAGCGUUCGGAAGGAGUUAGGUUGGAAUUGUGGUGAAGUCGAGAUGGUUGAUGUCCCAUCGGCAGUUAGCAAUAAAAAGAUCCAGAGUGGGGUGUCCAUGAAGAGGAGGAGGAUUGAAGACAGGAGAAGGGGUCAUUGGUGGUCCUUGCUGAAGAAGUAAGCUCGGAGACGGAGACAGCGGAAGAAGAGUUCAGCGUCAUGGCGUACGUGGAACUCACUGAGGUGUGGGCGCAGGGGGACAAAGGUGAGGCCCUUACUGAGGACAGAGCGCUCUGCCUCAGAGAGUGGAAGGUCGGAGGAGACGGUGAAGACCCAGCAUGGAUGCGAGCUGAGAUCAGAGGGGGAGGUAGGUUGGUAAUGUCAGUGGAGAGGGGAGGGUUGGGAGGAAGAUGGAGCCUCUAGCUCUCCAUCUGGAGCUGUCUUACCUUGUGCCAGCGAGUGCAAGGCUCUGCUGAGCACUUAGCAAGUGCCACCACACAGUGUGGCCUCUUGCCACACAACUUAUCAGUGUGUUGUGUGCUGCUGGGGCUGAGAAUAAUGUGCACCUUACUGUGGAAGGGAAUCCAUGUUCAGUACCUGUAACACUACAUUUGGACAUGGCGAGGAAAUAAAGGAGCUAAGUAUAGCCCUUCAGGCCUCUUCUACUUGAACUUAGGGCUGAUCUCUCUCUCAACUCAAUGUGUCCUUGCAGUGAACCUUUUAAUGUAGAGGUGAGGAAAAAUAUGAGCCAGGUUUCUUCUGGUGUGCAGAUUCCGUGUUGGGAUGGGAAAAGGACCCAUCCUGGUUAACCAUGACAUUUGGGCAGGUUAAUGUCUCUGCAGACAUUGUGAUAAAGUCAGAUGAAGUGAGGAAGGACACAAGGGAGUGUAGGAACCUCUUAAAUUGUGUUUUGAGGCUUUGUGUCGCUUCAUUGCACAUUUUGGAAAUGAAACUCGUGUCUCAAAGCAAUGAGCUAUAUUGUUACAUGACUUCUAGCUCUUCUGGGAAUGCUCACGAGACAGAGGGGCAUUGUUAGUGUGAUGGGAACUCUAUUCCCCAAGUGAGUGACCUGUUCAGUGCAUUCUGCAUCACGUCUCGGGAUCUUUCCCAGAUGAAGCCAUAAUAAUGGCCUUUGAGUCAAGAGAUAAAAAUAUUGGACAUUCGUAAUGUAAUUUAAACACUACCUCCCAAACAAGCAGACAAUUGCCAUACAUUUAAUUCUUAGCUGCUUUUGUAAAUGUUUAUACGACUGGUUUCUGCAUUUAGAGAUUGUUUUGGAUUAAUUGAAGUUUAAAGUUAUGUAAUGUGGAUCCAGUCUCAGCUAAAGGACCAAACCCCUCGGUCAGCUGGAAUUCUGGGGCUUAUGGAUUUGUGCCUAAGGUUUUAAACAGUUAGUGUUUAAAAAUGCAUAGAUAAAGCAUAUAUUCAAAUGGUGCAAUUCAAAGGCUGUGUUUUGCUGAUAUUUUUGUGACUUAAGGAAAUAAAAGCUCGUUUAUUUGA